UGGCCGCUCCGUUCAUCACUCACUCACCAAUUCAACAUUCCAAAGGCCGGGUCGCCUCCUCUUCGACUUCGACACUGUUCUUUGGUAAUUAAGUGAACAGACCACACAGCCGUCAACAUGUACGCCUGCACCAGAUUCGUUGCCCCUAUUGCUAGGUCUACCCUGGUUUCUGGAGCCAAGUCCUAUCUGCGACCUCUGAGCAGUGCUGUGGUCAGCCAAAGCCAGUCCCUACAACAAAAUCAGAGGCAGACCCCAGUCAGCCUGCUGCCUGCUGUACGCAGCUUCCAAACAUCUGCAGUCAGCCGUGAUAUCGACUCCGCGGCUAAGUUCAUCGGUGCUGGCGCUGCGACUGUUGGUGUCGCUGGAUCCGGUGCUGGAAUUGGAACGGUGUUUGGUUCUCUGAUCAUCGGUUAUGCAAGAAACCCAUCCUUGAAACAGCAGCUCUUCUCAUACGCCAUUCUUGGUUUUGCCUUGUCUGAAGCCAUGGGACUUUUCUGUCUUAUGAUGGCCUUCUUGCUGUUGUUCGCCUUCUAAGCCACGAAUCCGUAUAAACAACUACCAAUAGUUUUAGUGCGUCACUGCCAAGACAGCGUCUUAUAGCUCAGAGACUAAAGGCUGCUGCCUAUGGUACGCGGGAGCCUGUGAAAUCAUUAUAAGAAUUUGCAAUUAAGGGCUCUUGGCGAGUGGCGGUUUAUCAACAGGCAUAAAACGGGGCCGUACACGCUUGAACAGUGUUUGAACCGUCUGCUCCCAUAGUUCUGCGAACUCGUAAUUAUUUCACGGUCUGCCAUUUCAUGUAGAAUAACUCACAAUAUUAUCGAGUAAUGAUUUUCAGUGUAACGAACGACUAGGGCGCAACUGAAAGCUUACUGAAAAAGCCUCUGAAAAAAGAAUAUGAUCAUUGCAAGUAGUACAUAUUUUGAAUUCUUUUGUUAUCUGUGUUAUUCAUCAUUGUUGUGCUGUUGCAAUUUUACAUCGCCGAGGUAAUCUUUGACGAGAAAAACUGUACAGUGAUACCGAAUAAAACAUCCUUGUCGUGAGACGAAUGCCCUCGUUAAA